AUGGACUCAAUGUACUUCGACGUCUUCCCCGCGGACGACUCAGAAUCCAGCAGCGACGAGGACAACGAGUGCGCGCCAUCUCUGGAGGUCCCGUGUGCGCGGUGCAAGGACAGGAAGCAGCUGUGCAAACGAUGCAAACGGCGCCAGCAAAUUUCGAGCUCUGGAGCGAGGAAGUCGUCGCUGGAGAAGGCUUGCUUCCCUCCCCGCGCGAUCACCUCCGACGCUCCCGCUGCCGUUCCCGAGGCGCUCCUCCCGCCACUGAAAGACGAGACUCCUACGCCGAGAAACGGGGCAGCGGCCCCGGUGUACGCGGCCAUGUACACCGCCUCGCCGUCGUGGAUGUCGACUUACACGUCGAGCACGUGCGCCACGACGUACACCGCGGCGCAUGAGCGGUCGCAGCGCGAACGCGCGCCGCUUCUGGAGGUUGCGGGCCAGACGAGGAGGAGGAUGCAGCCCCGCCGGCCGCGGAUGAAUGAGAGGCGGCGGCCUUCUGGGUGGCAGACGAGCGAGGUUGAAGGGUGGGAUGAGAGGGAGAUCGAGGGGGGCGGGAGUUACUGGGAUUUCGAAGGGGCGCGGUGGGAGGAGCAGAGGAUACGCACGCCGGAGCGGAGGGCGCAGAAGAGGGUUUGGCAGAAUGAGAGGGCUCUGAGGGCGCCGGUUGCGAAGGGGGCCGGGAGGAGAAGGAAGUGGGAUGAGCAGAAGGGGGAGCUUCGAUGGAGGUCGCGGCCGCUGGUUGAGCCGCUGACGCCGAGGUAUCUUUAUGAUGUCUUGGUGGUGCAGAGGGCGAGAUUGCUGGAGAUGACGUUCAUCUCUGGGAAGGGCCAUUCGAGGGUUGUAUUUGGGAUGGCAUAUGCGAGGGGAACGGGGCACGCGAGAGGUCUCUUUUGUUUGCCUGCUCCGAAAUAUGAGCCUUCUGGAGAUGGGUCUGGGUUCAUGUGGAGGGAAGGGAUAUGGGCUGGUUUGUUUGGGUGGUUGUGGGGGACUGAAAGGGGUCCUGCUAUUGAUGUGAGGGACAUAGACUAA